AGUCCAUUAAAAACCAAAACACCUUUUGUUGUUUUCUUAUUUUCAAAACACAUACUCACUAUCUCACCAUGCCUGCAAGGCUGUCCGAUGCCUUCCGAGCUCAACCUGUCAACCUCGACCUCAAGAACCAAGACUUCACUUCCCUCCAAGACCUCCCCGAUUCCUACGCAUGGACUCAACUCGGCGGCGAUGAACACUACAAUCCCACCGGCGACUCCAUCAAUGAAACUGUUCCAGUCAUCGAUCUUUCCGACCCUAAUGCUCUUAACCUCAUCGGACGCGCAUGCAAAACCUGGGGCGUCUGCCAAGUAACCAACCACGGGGUCCCUUCCGCUCUUCUUGAUAACGUCGAACACAUUACCAAUUCCCUUUUCUCUUUACCGGUCCAUCAAAAGCUUAAAGCUUCGAGAUCACCAGACAGCAUCUCAGGUUAUGGUGUUGCAAGAAUUUCUUCUUUCUUUCCCAAGCGGAUGUGGUCUGAGGGAUUCACCAUUGUCGGAUCACCUGUUGAACAUUUCCGAGGACUUUGGCCCCAAGAUUACAGUAGACACUGAUUAAUGUGGCUAGUGCUGGGUUCGUUGGGCAUAACCGAGGAAGAUAUCGAAUGGGCCGGACCAAAAGGUGAUUUCCAUGAAAGUUCUGCGGCCAUACAACUGAACCACUACCCGGCUUGUCCAGACCCGGAUCGAGCCAUGGGUCUUGCCCCACAUACCGACUCAACCCUUCUCACCAUCCUCCACCAAAACCGAACUAGCGGGUUGCAGGUCUUGAAAGAGGGAACUGGUUGGGUUACAGUCCCUCCGGUUCCCGGUGGACUUGUGGUCAAUAUAGGAGACUUACUCCACAUACUAUCAAACGGCUUGUACCCGAGUGUACUUCACCGGGCCAAAGUGAACCGAACCCAUCAACGUCUCUCUAUUGCAUACUUAUAUGGACCCCCGUCUAGUGUCAAAAUCUCCCCACUCUCCAAACUAGUAGGGCCGAGUCAGCCUCCCCUUUACCGGCCCGUUACUUGGAAUGAAUAUCUAGGCACCAAAGCCAAGCAUUUCAACAAGGCACUUUCAUCAGUGAGGCUUUGUGCUCCACUAAAUGGAUUAGUUGAUGUAAAUGAUCAUAAUAAUAGUGUAACAGUUGGGUAGGAAGUAAUAAAUUUCAUUAUUAUAG